CUCCUCUCCUCCUCCCUUCGUGUCGUGCUUUUACGCCCUCCUUUUCCUCCAAACACACGAACCGCAAGUAACACCGGCAGCUUUAACUAUUGUCACACUGUCACCGGAGGAGGAACGUCACAUGAAGCCAUAAUAAUCCGGAAUAACGGGACAAAACAGCGAGAUCUGCCAGGGGACGGUGAAUCGACAGAAAUCCCAAAUACAAAAACACUCUGCAAAGACGUGCACUCUUGACGCCUUAAACACUGAAGAAGUUCAGGGAGCCAGAUAAAUGGCUGACAAACAGAUCAGUUUGCCUGCCAAGCUAAUAAACGGCGGUGUGGCAGGACUGAUCGGCGUUACCUGCGUGUUUCCCAUCGAUCUGGCCAAAACCCGCCUUCAGAACCAGCAGAAUGGAUCUCGCCUCUAUACCAGCAUGUCAGACUGCCUUAUUAAGACCAUCCGCUCAGAAGGAUACUUCGGCAUGUACAGAGGUGCGGCGGUGAACCUGACUCUCGUCACUCCUGAAAAAGCCAUCAAGCUGGCGGCAAAUGAUUUCUUCAGAUUUCACCUCUCUAAGGACGGGCAGAAACUCACUCUACUGCGAGAGAUGCUGGCCGGCUGCGGGGCGGGAACAUGUCAGGUCAUCAUUACAACACCAAUGGAGAUGCUGAAGAUUCAGCUGCAAGAUGCCGGAAGAAUUGCGGCCCAGAGGAAGCUCAUGCCUCAGGCUGUGACCCCCGUGGAGGUGAAGUCCCAAACAGCUAUGCAACUCACCAGACAGUUACUGAAGGAAAAGGGCAUCGCGGGUCUUUACAAGGGCCUGGGAGCCACGCUGCUCAGGGAUGUCCCGUUUUCUAUCAUUUACUUCCCUCUGUUUGCUAAUCUGAAUGAUCUGGGGAAGAGAGGAGUCGAGGGUCCCGCUCCCUUCUACGUCUCCUUCUUAUCGGGCUGCAUUGCGGGCAGCACAGCGGCCGUCGCCGUCAACCCUGUAGAUGUGAUAAAGACCAGGCUACAGUCGCUGACACGAGGGAGUCAAGAGGACACUUACAGCGGGGUGACCGACUGCAUCAGGAAGAUUCUUCGCAAUGAAGGUCCCGCCGCUUUCCUGAAGGGGGCGUACUGUCGAGCUCUCGUCAUCGCGCCGCUCUUCGGCAUCGCUCAGGUGGUUUACUUCCUUGGCGUGGGCGAACUCAUCUUGAGCUACCUGCCCAAACGAAACAACUAGCCACCCAUCCCAUCAUGCAUUGCACCAGUCGGUUCCCCGCCCCCGCACAUUAUCCCGAAAGAUCAAAGCGUAACGUGGGGCCAGUCUGACUGAUUUUAAUCGUUUGUUGUUGUGCCGUUUUUGUUCAAAGCGCCGUGUGUUUUGAUCUGAAUGUGGUGCUUUUAGUAAUGAGCGUAACGUGAGAUUAUGUUUGCCAAGCUGCCUGUUUUUUAGUUUUUUGUCUCACGCCGAGACUAAAUCAUGUUCUUUUACAAGCGUUUAAUCGUUGAGCCAUCGUCCGAUCACUGAUAUUUAAAGCGUAAAAUCAACACUUUGAAUGGUAGAGCUCUUGUUAAUUAUGUACUGAAAUAUCAAACAAACAUGAAGCUCUUUCUGGAACAGGAGGACAUGUCAUGUUGAUUAGUUUGACCUUUAUAUUAGCUGCUUCCGUCUUUCUGACGACCAAAUCUGAAUGACCUUGAGGAAAAGUGUGAGCUGAGAGAAGCAUAUCUCUGUGCCCUAUCAAGGCUUUAUUCGGCGCGUGUUUCAAAAUGACAAGUCGCCUCUGGAGGUUAAUUCAAUUUAAUUUCUCAGAAAAGCUGAGAGAGACAUAUCUGUGAAUAUUAGACUUGAAAGCAUCUCUCAAAUUGACUGAAUCAAAAUGUAAAUGCCUCCAACCAGGCCAUUAAAACUUCUGGAAAGUUCCCAGACUUUAGGAGAUAAUCAUUAUAGAUUAUGAGAUUCAUUUUCCAUGGCCACAGGACAAAGAAAAUUAAUGCAAAUGAUUUUUCUUUUUGGCCGAUUCGACUCCAAUUGCUGCUGUUUCACUACUUAGCAUUAGCAUUAGAUAUGGUCUUAAACCUCAUUAAAACACGAUUGUAGAUGGUUUGAAGUUUAAUACAUUUUGGGGAUGGCAAGUUGUUUUUCUUCAGUUAGGACGGGACACAUCAUACAAAGUGUGCAGUCAUGCUGAAAAUACAAGCAGUUCUUACCAGCGUUGUUAUUAAUUACAACUAUUAUAAGACAUAUUGUUAUAAAGUGAAGCUGAAAUAAUAGAAAACAGAAAACUUUUACUAAAUGAAAAUGAGACAUGUUUGGAAUUAGUGGAAUUAAUAAAAAAAUAUAUAUAUAAACAAAAGUUUAUUCAAAAUAUGAAUAGAAACUCUAAAAUUAUAUACUUUAAAUAAAAUGAAAACAAGAAAUGUUGCUUUUGGCACUAAAUUAAAAUAGGUUCAAGUACUAAACGGAAUAAAAAUAAUUAAUGUAAGCUUUUUCGGAUAAUAUAUAUUAAAAAAAAGCAAACAACAAAAUAUAUAUAUGAACUAACUUUAAAAUAAAAUGAAAAUUAAUUUUAUAAAAGUUAAAACUAAUUCAAAAUAUCAAUAAAAACAAUUAGUAUAUAAAUAAGACUAAAAUACCACUGGUUCUCGAUUGCUUGCGCACAAACUCAAAUCAAUUGGGUCUGGGCGAGCAUCAUGUGACCUAAUUAAUAUUCAUGAGAAAAAGAAUGCGUUUGAUAUUGUGUCCAUUUACAGAUUUCCCGCUACAAACAAAUUCACUACAAUAUUAUUAUGAACAUUUUCCAAAUGCAGUUUCCAGGUUCAUAUCUGUCGGUCGAGAUUACUAAUAUACUAAAAUCGAUAGAAAAACGCCAAAGUAAUAUGUGCAUAUCGAUUGUAACCUCGCAAAUCAUGAAUAUUAAUGUGCAUUGGUUGUUUUCCCACGAUGAACCGUCACCCUGCAGUGCAUCAUGGGAGAUUUUAUUAUUCAUUCCAGGUUUUCCGAGAAGCCGAAAAGCACAGACUUUGGAUGGAAGUCAUAUUUAUUGAUAAUCCUGAUGAUGUAAACACACUUCUAGUAUAUCUGGCUAUAUAUUUCUAUGUCUGAUUGUUGAUUACUGUGGACUGUACAUAUGCAGAUGAUGUGCUUUUGGUUUUGUAUGCGAUGGCUCAUUUGCACACCUCCCCGGUCCUUCUCUUUAUGUUUUUGGCAUCUGCACGAGUGAAUAUGCCAGUUUACGCUGUUUGAGCCGGACCUGUGAUGUAUCAGUGUUGGGAUCGUGAGCUUGUUGUUCAGGCUAGUGUGCACUACCAAAGGAACCGAACAAACCCUAACGCUUUCUGUUCUCGUUUACUCACAAAUCUCGAUGUGCAGCCUAUUGAGGGCCCUCAGAUAGACAAAGCCUAUGUGUGCAAUGAAGAGCGUACAAAGCCUGUUUCAUACCGCCAAACGAUUCCUGACCAAAUACCUCUGAUUCCUUUCCCAGUUCAUGCUGUAGUACACUGGUUUGCUAAACUGGUCUGAUUAAUAUCUUAAUAUACACUAGUGUUCAAAAGACUGGGGUCACGGAGAUUUCUUUAUUACUUUUAUUCAGGAAGGAUGCAUUCAGUUCAUCUAGCAUGUAUUUCACCCAAUAAAUAAGCAAUUAACUAUUAGCAACAUUGAUAGUAAUGUUAUAAUGUUGCAAAAAAAAGAAAAAUUAAUAAGAAAUAAUUUUGAAUCAAAGAUUCCUGAAUCAAAGAAGACUGAAAUAAACAAUCUAGAAAAAAAAUGUAUUUCACGAAAAUAUUAAACAACCACAAAUGUCAUCAACUUUAUAAUAAUGUAAAAAAAACAACAACAAUCAGAAUAUUAAAUAAAUGCACUUUUUUUGUUACUUUCAAAUAAUUUUGAAUCAAAGAAUCUUGAUGAAAAAAAUCUAACAUGGAUUUCACAAAAAUAUUAAGCAGCACAACUGUUAUAAAUAUUGAUAAUAAUGUUGUAAUGGUGCAAGAAAAUUAUUUCAAAUAAUUACUGUUCUUUUGAUCUUUCAGUGAAUCUUGAAUCAAAAAAGAAUACCCAAUCAAAGAAUCUUGAAAAAAAUCUAUCUUGGAUUUUCCAAAAAUAGUAAGCAGCACAACUGUUAUAAACAUUGACAAUAACUUUAUUUCAAAUAAAUACCGGUAGUGUUCUUCAGAAUUUUCAAAGAAUCUUGAAUCGAAAAAUCAAAGAAUUCCGAAUCAAAGAAUCAUGAAUCAAAGAAUCCUGAAUCAAAGACUCCUGAAAAACACGUAUCAGUUUCUACAAAAAUAUUAAGCAGCAAAACAGUUUCCAACAUUGAUAAUAAUCAGAAAUGUUUCUUGAGCCGUAAAUCAGCAAUUUAAAAUGAUUUCUGAAGGAUCAUGUGACAAUGCUGAAAAUUCAGCUUUACAUCACAGAAAUAAAAUUCAUUUGAAAAUACAUUAAACCAGAGAACAGUUAUUUUAAAUUGUAAUAAUAUAUCACAGUUUUUACUGUAUUUUUAAAUGCAGUUUUUGUGCACACAAGAGCCUAUAUUUAAAAAAUAUUACAAAAAUCUCACCAACCCCAAUCUUUUAAAACAGCAGUGUACUGUAAAAUGUCACUAAUGAAUAUGACACUUCUGAUAAAUAAUCAUUAUCCAGAGGUUCAGAGGGUUUAUGGUGCUGUCUAACAAGUAAACAUCUCUAGUCUCGUGACGAUGAGCUUAUUCAGAAACUAUUCAGAUGCUCUUAUUUAUUGUUUUAAGGUCAUAGGUCAGACUUCAUAACCCUUCGGUUACCUCACAUAAAUGAAUGCAAAUGGAUUCAAAUGGAAGUAUGUCUCAAGCCUGACCUUAAUGACCUUGUUUUGCCUUGUGUUUGUUUUGCCAGCGUGUUUUUUGAUUACAUUUUUUCCUAAACAUUCCAAAAGAUCUGUGAUUUCUUUCAAUAUUUUCUGUUGUUGUGUGAUGAUUUAGUCUUAUUCAGAUUGUUUUUGGUUUCUAAACUGUAUUUGUUUGAAUCGUGCCUCUGAAUCGCUUGGUGUUUUUUCAGCU